AUGGCUACUACGCACUCGUCUCAACAACAAAAAAAACAACACCAUAUCUCUGUUUGGUAUCAAGAUGAAACUGAAAAAAUUGGAUUUGAGCCCUUGAAAAACAACAAAAAAGAGAAGGAGGCUGGUGAAGUUCAAUCGGAAAGGGGGUUUCAUGUCUUUGUGAUUUCCGAAUUCUGUAUUCUGGAUUCUGGAUUCUGGAUUCUGGAUUCUGGAUUCUGGAUUCUGGAUUCUGGAUUCUGGAUUCUGGAUUCUGGAUUCUGGAUUCUGGAUUCUGGAUUCUGGAUUCUGGAUUCUGGAUUCUGGAUUCUGGAUUCUGGAUUCUGGAUUCUGGAUUCUGGAUUCUGGAUUCUGGAUUCUGGAUUCUGGAUUCUGGAUUCUGGAUUCUGGAUUCUGGAUUCUGGAUUCUGGAUUCUGGAUUCUGGAUUCUGGAUUCUGGAUUCUGGAUUCUGGAUUCUGGUUUCUGGUUUCUGGAUUCUGGAUUCUGAAUUCCGAAUUCUGGAUUCUGGAUUCCGAAUUCUGGAUUCUGGAUUCCGAAUUCUGGAUUCUGGAUUCCGGAUUCUGGAUUCUGGAUUCCGGAUUCUGGAUUCUGGAUUCUGGAUUCUGGAUUCUGGAUUCUGGAUUCUGGAUUCUGGAUUCUGGAUUCUGGAUUCUGGAUUCUGGAUUCUGGAUUCUGGAUUCUGGAUUCUGGAUUCUGGAUUCUGGAUUCUGGAUUCUGGAUUCUGGAUUCUGGAUUCUGGAUUCUGA